AGAAACCGUUUCCUGCUGUCACUCAAAUUCCGUCACAGACAGCAUCUGUCUGCCUUAAGCAGCUGCCACGCAAUCAUUCUUCACCACCGUGACCCAGCCACCUCUGGACUCGCCUGCACAAAGAUGUAGCAGAAAAAUCAAGUCAAAGCCAAUCAUUACAGAAUCCUUGUUCAUCUUCAAAAUCUCGGAUACCGAUACAGAGAUACCCAUUUGAACAGAGAUUCUUCCACAAUGGCUUGGUUCAGAAGCCUAAUCCGAGUCACAGGUAUCAAAUCCAGAAAUAGAGCGCCGAACACGUUUUCAUUGGCUUCUCUGGCGAGCCUGAGCACCUGCACCGAAGCCACCAAUAAGUACUCUGGCCUGGGGCCGACGGUGCCCUCGGAGAAGCCGAGGGUGGUUGUGGUGGGCUCCGGGUGGGCAGCUUGCAGGCUCAUGAAGGGCCUCGACACCAACCUCUACGACGUCGUCUGCGUGUCUCCUCGGAACCACAUGGUCUUCACGCCCCUCCUGGCCUCCACAUGCGUGGGGACCCUGGAGUUCAGGUCCGUUGCCGAACCCAUCAGCAGGAUCCAACCCGCCAUCUCUCGCGAACCCGGGUCCUACUUCUUCUUGGCCAAUUGUACGGGCAUCGAUGGCGAUAAUCAUUCGGUGCAUUGUGAGACUGUUACUGAUGGACCAGACACCUUGGAUCCGUGGAAGUUUAAGAUUGCAUAUGACAAAUUGGUUAUUGCUUUGGGGGCACAGCCCUUAACUUUUGGAAUCCAAGGGGUGAAAGAACAUGCGAUUUUUCUUCGGGAAGUUUACCAUGCCCAGGAAAUUCGUAGGAAGCUGCUCCUAAACUUGAUGUUGUCUGACGUGCCUGGCAUUUCAGAGGAAGAGAAAAGCAGACUUCUACACUGUGUUGUUGUGGGAGGUGGUCCCACGGGAGUUGAGUUCAGUGGUGAACUAAGUGAUUUUAUCACAAAAGAUGUUCGCCAAACACAUGCGCAUGUGAAAGACUAUAUCCACGUUACUUUGAUUGAGGCAAACGAGAUAUUAUCUUCCUUUGAUGAUCGCCUCAGGCACUAUGCUACUAAACAGUUGACAAAGUCAGGAGUUCGUCUUGUCCGUGGAAUAGUCAAGGAUGUUAAAGCUCAGAAGUUAGUUCUUAAUGAUGGCACAGAGGUUCCAUAUGGGCUGCUAGUGUGGUCUACGGGUGUUGGUCCCUCUCCUCUUGUUAACUCUAUGGAGCUUCCAAAAUCUCCAGGUGGAAGGAUUGGUGUUGACGAGUGGCUACACGUUCCUUCCAUGCAGGAUGUGUUUGCGAUUGGUGAUUGCAGUGGGUUUCUUGAAAGUACUGGAAAACCAACCCUUCCGGCUUUGGCUCAG